AUGCACUACCGCAGUAUCGACAUUGGACUACACUCGCAGUUCGAUAUCGAGACACUCCCCGAGUAUCUUCCUGAUCCUAGAGAUCACUACGUCGCGCGCGGUAUAACCGGUUUCACACCUGAUUUGGUCGACAACAAAACGUCAACAUGCAGCGUCUACGUACCUGCUUAUCCAGGCAGCACUUUCUGGAUAGGCUACUCGGUAUCGCCGCCAGUUCCUGAAGGCCACUAUUUUCUCUUCAAGCUAUAUGUCGACGGCGCAUACGUCACGAGCUGGUCGACGGGAAAGGCAGAGAAAUGGCAGGGGAAGACCAUGUUUGGGCUGUUUGAGACGCCCGAGGAUGAACAAGGGAAGAAGAGGAUUGAGAAGCGAGUGCUUUGCUUUACACCGCCUGCAUAUGGCAGGGAUUUGGUGGACAUGUUUGACAAGACAGCGCGUGUUGAGAUACGAGUACACCGUGCAGAUGGAAGGAAGCGUAUCGAACGACAGGCAGAACAAUACACGGACACACAACACGCAAAGAGUGGCAAGGGAAUCAGCCUGGUGAGCGCUGGCCGUGCAGGACCAGAACAGCCAAAACGUUUCUACAAGUUCGCGCUCAUCGAUCCUAUUGACCAACCAUUCGCUACUUUUCGGUACUACUAUCGCACCUGGGAUCAGCUGAGGGACCUCGGAUUGCUCGAGCAAGACCAUAGCAGGGAUGGCGAGGAGAAUGAUCUUUCUGUGAUAGAGCCACUGGGGGAUGAUAGCUGCGGGGCCAUGGAAGUAAACAGAACCCGGAGCUCCCUUGGCACGGAGUCAGAAGAUGCUUUCCAUGAUUGCACGGAGGACCUCGGGGAAGGAAUAGCAGCGAGUGUCGAGAGCAAGAGCGAAGAGGCCACGACCACAGACACUCCCACUAGAGCCAAAUCAAUGCAGCCGCAGAGAUCAUGGCAAGGAGCAUCGAAUCGUCCAGUGGGAAGUGAAGAGCAUCCACGAACCUACGUCCCUCGUGGUGCACCGGAUUCAGAGGCAAGAGUGUCAGUUGAUUAUCCCAAUGAGCAGACACAACGACCAGUCAGCCGUAUCCCUAAAGUCCCAAAUCCCUACCGUCUCUCCAUUCCACCGUCUAUCAAGCUCGCACCCCCAGAGUAUUCCCCCCGCCCUCUGCCGACAAUCCCUCGCAAGAGCGACGAUGACUCUCCCACCUCGUACCGUCCUCACCCGGCAUAUCCUAUGGACAACUGGAACAUCCGCACCCCCAGCCCAGUAAGGUCAGUCCGAGAUGGCAUAUCGACACCACCGCUAGGAAAAAGGAGGGAACAAGGUCGGUCUGCCUCUGCAUUGAUGGGUGCGAUUACAGCUGCGUGGAGACGACGAGGUCAGACGCCUGGAAGACCAUCCACGGAAAGUUCUCGGAGCGUUUCCUAA